UUGAUGAUAUGAAGUCAUGGGCUUCCACUGCCCCAGAUCAGUUCGGCAGUAAAUUUAUUAUGGAAUCAGAGUAGUUGGUGGGUUAUGACUGCUGUAUGAAAUCCGUCACUUUGCACCCAGAGGCUUUUUUUUUAAAUAAUCUGUUAGUGUGGUUGUGUUAUAACGGCUUCUAAAACUGUUAGAUCUAGAGCAUUUCUGUACUUGAUAUAUUAUAUUUUCUUGCAUUUCUGAAUUAUUCUCAUGAAAACGGAUUGCCGUAAAUUUCGCAGAGAAAACUCUUUCUGGUAUGCGUGGUCGCUAUAAAUCGUGGUUGGAAUUAGAUUAUAUUGUCUCGGGUUAGAUUUUCGUCCAGCACCGGUAAAAGUCCGGCAGCUGACUGUACUCAUGCCUGUUACGAAUCUCUUUACGGUAUGAGUAUCUCUUCUCAACUUGUGGAGUUAUGCGACACUUGCUAGAGGUACCUUAAAUACUCGGCCGCCAUCUGAACUCCUUGGGAAUUAUACCAUAUGAUGAGUGCGGUAGAGAUCUAAACGGGUAUCUUUAUUGGCAUACGAGUACAAAAUUUAUAUUGAGGAAGUCUUGAAGUCAAAUAUCUGGUUGUAUGGCUCUUUUUAGAAAACUGGUUUCGAGAUUCCGAAAAUUGAUUGAAAGGAAUGGCCAGUUUUCUGUGUGCAAUAUAAUGUCCUGUAAUUUCCGAGAUCAUUUUGGUCAAACUUCUUAAUGUGACCUACAUACACGCAUACACAUAUUUCAUAUGUUAGAACCGAGUGUCCUAUGAAAGCUCUUAAAAAACAAGUAUAUCUAUCCUCGCAACUAAGUCUCAUCGCUCCUCCUUAGAAUGCCACUUAGCUGGGAACAACUUCUGUUAAAUACUUUUAUGUAAAAAGAUCUCAGUGGCAUGCGACGGGAUAUUGUGCCUACUUUCAUUAGAACUACCGGCAAUCCCGAUACUUAGCCUUUGUCUCUACCGUCGGAGCUCACGAAUCUUUCACCGAUGCCGAAAAACGACCCCGUCUUGGGCUUAAGGCUCUCUUUCUAUAGGGUUGCAUAUGUAUGUGCUUCGAAUUAAAUACAACAAAAUUUUGUGCUCUAUAUCGUGGGCGGUUUUCUAAACUUUAGAAUCUCAGGUAAGCCAGAUCGGACCACUAUAACAGUGAAAGUGCAACAUCUGGAAUUGGCGAAACCCCAAUCGAUUGAUAAGUCGUUCCAUUAACCUACUAUGACGAGUUGGCCCCCACGGCUUAUCUUACUAAAUAAAGACUGGAGUUCACCAUUAACAGUCUAAUUGGUUCUUAUCAGUGUUCACUAUGUGUAAAAUUUCAUAUAAGACCCAUGAGAAAAGAAGCUAUACACAUCACCUUUCCAUCGCUUUUAAAAAGCUGCCUUCGACAGCAAGUAGGGAGCUGCCUAUACGGCGCCAUGUCUGCAUUAGGUACUCCUUACAGUGGAAGAGCAAUUAAAAUUGGGAAGGAUCUCUCCGAAACAUUGAUAUCAAACGAGGCUUCAGGCAGGGUAACUCAGCAUCAUGCGACUUCUUCAAUAAUACGAGCUACAGAGCUAAAUAGGGUGUACAACUGCUGGCGUAUGUCGUUGUUUGCCGUAAGCCGUAAAAACCUCGACGUUAGUUCUGUCUUCUCCAAGCUUGACAGAGAAGGAGGUCAAGACGAAAUUUUUCAUGAAAUAAUAACAUUCGGCACAACUGACAGUCAGAAUUUUGGCUGUAAAUCCAACGCAGAAUGACACUUGCCAAAAGCUGAUAUUUCGGACUGAGUAGGUAAUUAAAAGUUAAAGUCCUCUACCGGUGAACAAAAACCAAGCUUUACAAGUCACUAAUCAUCAUCAACGAUAAUAUAUGGUUAAGAAACCUGGAUCCGAUGAGUCGGAAGUCUGUAAGUCUUCGAAGAAAUGCUAGGCGAACCAUUUAUGGUCGGCGAAUGAAGAGACGCCGGCUAUGCUGGUUGAGUCAUGAAGUCCGAAUAAAUGAAAGCGUUCCGGCUUUGAAAGAUAAUCUUGUUAGUUUAGGUAUAAAGGUAACUCUGCACCAAAUUUCAUAUAAAUCAAAAGACUUCAAAAUAAAUUCGGUUUUUUCGAUAUUCCAGAAAAUAUUUUCUUAACGGUUUCACGUGCCUAAGAUCAGUGAUUAAGACUGCUUAAUACCUUUUUCCCUAAGAAAUAGCUAUGUAUAUGAAGCAAUAAAUUAAAUUUUCUUCCUAGAGAAUAGUAAAAGCCGGAUAUCUGUUUUUUGAGUUGCCAUAUUUAAUGGAUUUAUGAUUUCUUUUUGUUUCCGUUUCCCUAGAGGGUCUUAUAAAUAGUAAAAUUUAAUUAUAAUAUUGAAGAGCUCGCACAGCUGUAUGACUAAAUAUUUGUAAGUACUUCGUCUGAAUGUAUUCGCCUACAGACAGCCAAAUUUUAAGCUCGAUAAAAGCCACCGCAACCUUGAAACGUUCAACACAGUUCAACACUAACUACUGAGAGCGGUGUAUCGGAAGAUUAAUCAUACAUACACAUAUUUUAAUACAAAGUCUUGCAAUGGUUUUAAAGUUUAUGAUUUUCGUUACUUUUCUGGCCCUGCCUCAAGUGCAAUGUGCCACCAACUACUGCGAUAGAUCCUUGUGCGGUUCCAGUAAACAUAUCGCUUGCAAUAAUAACGGGAAAUUUGCCUCAACUUGUCGAAAUGCCGCCAUGGUCACACUGACACAGGCGCAGAAAAACUUGAUCGUCAAUGCGCACAACGCCAAGCGGAACACUGUAGCUGGUGGUGGAACGAAAUUGAAGCGAGCCUGUCGCAUGGCCACCAUGCAGUGGGACAACGAAUUGGCCAACUUGGCCUCGCUGAAUGUCAGACAAUGUCAAAUGAAACACGAUGCCUGUCGCAAUACGAAAACCUUCAAAUAUUCUGGCCAAAACUUAGCAUGGAUGAGUUACUAUGGCGCACCGGAUGUGUCGAAAAUGAUUCAAAACUUAAUUAAUUUGUGGUAUAAUGAAAUUAAGGACACAACAAUGGCGCAAAUAAAUAAAUAUCCGAGUAAUUAUAGGGGACGUCCCAUUGGUCACUUCACUGUUAUGGUAGCCGAAGGAAACUAUCGUGUGGGUUGCGGCAUUUCCACUUACGCUGUUGCAGGUAAGCCGUAUAGAGCCUUACUUUUGGCCUGUAAUUACGCAAGAACGAAUUUAAUCGGUUCACCCAUCUAUAACUCGUGUGCGACUGCUGCUUCGGGUUGUCGGAAGGGUAAAAAUCCUGCAUUCACAAACCUUUGUUCGACGUCUGAAAUUUACUAA